UAUUUUCAGCGAGUGAGUGUUACUGUGAAAUGUGCUGCUUGCUGUGUGAUCAUAGAGCGUGAGUCCACACCAGGCGGCCAUAAUGAGACCGUUGGGAACAGAUCAACAAGUGCUCAAAUUUCCGUUUGUCUCCCAGCGGCUAUUUGGUAAACAUGAGAUUCGCAGGGUGUGUACGGCCUGUCACGCUGCCCUGCAGUCAUGUGCAAAAGGUGCCUAUAAAUUCAGGAGCUUCCUCGUCCCAGUGAACAGUGCUGCACAGCAGGACAGGAGGACACUAACGGGACUAACUGCCUAAAGGAUGCUAUAUUCUUUCAAUUGCGGUGGAUUAUAACUUUCCUGGAAAGCUUCUCAGUGUAUGCGGUGUGACAUACAGAGAUCUGAGAGCAGAUUCUUCCGUUUGUAUCAUGAAACCGGGUGUCGUAAUGGUUGGCACGAAACCCAUUGACGCGUUGCCCUCUGCGGCAGUUAAGUUCUUCGGAGCGGGCACUGCAGCCUGCAUCGCUGACCUCAUCACCUUUCCCCUGGAUACCGCCAAAGUCAGACUACAGAUUCAGGGAGAGGCUAGUAAAAUUGAAGGCGCCAGUGCGACAAAGUACCGUGGAGUGUUUGGCACCAUCAUGACCAUGGUGCGCACGGAGGGGCCCAGGAGUCUUUAUAGUGGACUGGUGGCAGGACUCCAGAGGCAGAUGAGCUUCGCCUCCGUCCGAAUCGGUCUUUAUGACUCCAUGAAGCAAUUCUACACGCGUGGCACUGAGAGUGCUGGGAUUGUGACUCGCCUCAUGGCGGGCUGUACCACAGGAGCCAUGGCCGUGGCCUUUGCCCAACCAACAGACGUGGUGAAGGUGCGUUUCCAAGCCCAGGUACGACUGGCUGAUGGUGGCAGGAGAUACAACAGCACCCUGGAUGCCUACAAGACAAUUGCGCGGAAUGAAGGAAUAAAGGGACUUUGGAAAGGCUGCAUGCCCAACAUCACUCGUAACGCCAUUGUCAACUGUGCCGAGCUGGUGACCUAUGACAUGAUCAAGGAACUCAUCCUGAAGUACGACCUAAUGACAGACAACCUGCCCUGCCACUUCACUGCUGCCUUUGGUGCAGGCUUCUGCACAACAGUAGUGGCGUCUCCGGUGGAUGUAGUCAAAACUCGCUUCAUGAACUCGGGAGCUGGACAGUACGGCAGCGCGAUCAACUGUGCUCUCACUAUGCUGAGAAGUGAAGGACCCACAGCCUUCUACAAGGGUUUCACUCCUUCUUUCUUGCGACUGGGGUCCUGGAACAUUGUGAUGUUCGUGACGUAUGAACAAAUCAAACGAGGCAUGACCCGGACACAAUACUGGGAGUCGCCGUUCUGACCUCACCUCGUCGGACUGUUACCUCAGACGGGGUUGCACAGACAGUGAGGCCUUGCCUUCAGCACGACACAGUGGAGACCAGUGGUGACCCAUGGUUGGAAAAGAAGAUCUCCAAGUGCAAGUGCAAAACAAAAAGAAGCUUCAAAUGGUUUCAGGGGUCCAAAGUCACAUUACCGACGUGGCGCGGGGGUGAACUUGAGGCGUCAUAAGAGCUCAUGUGUUGUGAAGACUGAUGGUAGGAAUCUGGCUCACCGAAUUCCUGAACUGACACCGUGGGCAUGGUGUAAAACCAGAAGGAUUGAAGUUAAGAGAGACACUGUGAAUUGUAAGGGUGAGCGUCUCCAUUAGAAAAACACUUCCCUUAGAAGAUGGAUUUUCAUGUUUACAAGAAUGAACUGGAAGCUCAUAUUUAUAUAUAUAUAUAAUAUUACAUAACAUAUAUAAAUGUUAUGGUGUAAUGUUAUUUUUGCGUUUCGGGCCAGUUUUCCAUGAAAGCAAUAGAGAGAUUGAAUCUGGCAUCACUGACCUCAACAGUGAUCUUCUUGUGGAUUGUUUACAAUGUUUACCAUUAUAUGUGAUGCAUGUAGUCAGGAAUUCAUAGGUUAAUCUCCCUGCUGCUAACUUGUACUUCGUAUGAUUUAUCGCUGGUCGAUGAGUCAUAUGAAUAGACUAGAACAUAUUGUACACAAUGGUAAAAUAAUGCCAAAAAUAAAUAAAGUGGAGAUUUUUUAUUUCCUUUGUCUCUCUUACGCCUAACAACUCCUGGAAUACAAGUGAAAGGAUGGGAAUACAUUUUGGGGGAAAAAAACAAACAUGGGAUGACUGGAGUGAGCUGAUGAAUCAAUCUGCUUGAUAAAAUGGUGGAAGUUGUUAACAGGAUGUUAAAUAUCUUGGGAUUAAAGCGGAGCGGUGCUAAGUAAGUUUCUUUGUUGUAGAAAUCCAUAGUGUACCGUACACCAUCUCAAAGGCUUUAGUCACCCAAACAGGAUUUACUUCACCACUUAUAAUUAGACGGAUAAGGCGAGAUGAGCACCCAAGAUGGUCACAAGUUAUUGAAAUAAAGUUUUAACAUUAAAACACAUAGUUAUUAAAAGAUAGAAAUUUUACACUUCUUACCUGUUUGUUUAUAGAUGUAGAUAUAUUUGUCAAGCAAAUGUGAAUUAGUCAUGAC